AUGGCGGAGCCAGCACAGAAAAAAGCUCGCACUGCACGCACCUUCCUCUUCUCUUCCGAGUCGGUGAACGAGGGCCACCCGGACAAGAUCUGCGACCAGGUCUCCGAUGCCGUCCUCGAUGCCUGCUUGAAGGUGGACCCCAAAAGCAAGGUGGCCUGUGAGACGGCCACCAAGGACAACAUGGUCAUGGUUGCGGGAGAGAUCACCACUGGAGCGAAGCUUGACUACGACAAGGUGGUGCGUGGAGUCGUGGCGCAGAUCGGCUUCGACAGCUUCGUGGAUGAUUUGUCCAGCGUGGACAGCAAGGGCCUGAGCCACAAGACCUGCGAGGUCUUGGUGCGCAUCAAUAAGCAGAGCCCGGACAUUGCCGGUGGAGUACACGUUGGUAAGGACGAGAUGGACGUGGGCGCUGGGGACCAGGGCAUCAUGUUCGGUUAUGCCAGCGAUGAGACAUCGGAUUGCAUGCCUUUGACCCACUCCAUGGCCACAAGGCUCGGCAAGACACUGACGGAGGUGCGCAAGAGCGGUGAGUGCUGGUGGUUGCGGCCGGAUGGCAAGACACAGGUGACGAUUGAGUAUAUGCAGCAUCCCGAUGGCAGCGUGGAGCCCAAGAAGAUCCACACCGUGGUGAUCUCCACCCAGCAUGCGGAACCAUCCAAGGCCAAGCGCACCCAGGAAUGCGCUGGCUACACUGGUGCGGAGAUGGUGGCCCCCAGCAUGGAGCAGAUGAACAAGGAGAUUGAGGAGAAAGUAAUCAAGCGCACGCUUCAGUCGAUCAAGCUCAAAAGCGGACAGCCGGCCAUCAGCUUGUAUGGCAGCCACACACACCUGCACAUCAACCCUUCCGGCAAGUUCAUCAUCGGUGGGCCGCAGGGCGAUGCAGGCUUGACUGGCCGGAAGAUCAUCAUUGACACGUAUGGAGGCUGGGGAGCCCAUGGCGGUGGUGCCUUCUCCGGCAAGGACCCCACCAAGGUGGACCGAUCAGCUGCCUACAUAUGCCGCCAGAUGGCCAAGUCCGUGGUCAACAGUGGCUUGAGCGCCCGCUGCCUGGUGCAGCUGUCCUAUGCAAUUGGUGUGGCAAAGCCGUUGUCCCUGUUUGUGGAGACCUAUGGCAGCGAGAAGGGCAGCCUUACCGUUGAUGACAUCACCAAGGUGCUGAAGAUCGAGUUCGACUGCCGGCCUGGUGCCAUUGCUCAGUCCCUGGCUUUGCGUGAGCCAAAGUACCAGGAAACGGCGGCUUACUGCCACUUCGGCCGCGAGCCCGUCACCAAGGAUGGCAUCAAGUUCUUCGAGUGGGAGAACCCCAAGAACCUCUCUAAGUACACGGCCAUGAGCACGGCUCAGGUGGAUGCUGCGCUGAAGGGCAGCACGUACCUCACGAAGUGGGUGGACUAA